GCCUGAUUAGUUCCUGAUGAUAGCUAUUGAUGUAACCAGUGUCCCAGAAGAGAGCUCUCCUUCCUCCUCCCGGUGGGACAAAAGCAGAAAAGACAACCACCUGUAGCCAUUCAAGGUCUAUGGCACUUAUCAGAGUGUGUCUAAAUUCUGGCAAUGGUGAGUCCUGUCUGAAUUUUGCACUGGAUGGGUAUUCUCCACCUUAGCAAAAUUCAUCCCAGUUGAGAGGUAUCUUUGAGCUGAUUUGUCUCAUCGAACACUGGGAUUGAUAAAGUCAUGGAUGUCUACACAAGGGCUCAGAGCAGUCGAAUGAAACCGAGAAUAUCAAUGAAAAAGAGCUUUGGUGAAGGCGUGCUCCACUCUAUGAAGUCACUGCUGCACAGCAGAAAAGAGUUAUGCAGUGUAUCAACAGAAGAAUGUUUAAAUCAGGAAGAACAAGAUAAUUUUAUUGAGAUUACAUUCAUAGGUUUUGCUGAAGAGAUGGGUACUGCUCGUUUGCAGGAGCUGUCAGCUGCUUCUGUAGAACUUCCAGAUGUUCUGAAAUCGCUUCAGUUGUGCAAACUAAAAGAAAAUGAGGUUAUUUUUUUAAAAGAUGUGAAGAAAACCUUGACAAAACCCUGUACCAUGAAAAACCAGAACCAACUUCCUGAAGUGCUUUGUGUGAUGCGACUGGCUCCUUCAUUCCCAAAGAUCAAAGUGGAUUAUGUAUUUACUUUGCUAAGCAAGUAUACCAUGGGUGUAAGACACACAGUUGAAAUAAACUCACUGCAGAAACAUCGAACAGAGGCAUCCCGGGCAGAAGAUGAUGACACUAAUCAGUCAGUUUCUUCAAUUGAAGAUGAUUUCGUCACUGCUUUUGAGCAGUUAGAUGAAGAUGAGCCUUCAAAGAUGCAAAGUGUUGGGGCUUGCAGCUCUACUUCUCGAAGCCAUCGAGAUGCUGCUUCACAGACCAUCCCCGGUCAAUGUACAGAAGCUGUGGACUCGAAGAUUCGUUUGGGUUCUGGAUGUCAAAAGUCAUCAUCUGCUAGAUCUUCUGCUUUGUUUGAUGUUUUGAGACUUAAGGAACUGUCCUCAGUAAAAAAUUCAGUUACAACUUCAAUUUCUGAUCCUUGGAUACAAAGGAGUUUCUAUAAGCCAUAUAACCCUUCUGAUCAAAGUGUUAAUUUUUUAUGUAAAACGCUGUUUUCCUCCUCUCCAGCUGAAUCUUCUGAGUCAAAUUGUUCCAGUCCAAGCCCCAUUAUCUUCUUAGAUGAAGAAGGCUAUCAGAAAAGCUUGAAGGCAAAGCUCCAGCUGCCAAAAAUUCCAGUGGUGAAAGACGGCAUUGAGGAUUCAGACUCAGAAGUUAGUGAAUUUUUUGAUAGUUUUGAUCAGUUUGAUGAACUAGAACAAACCCUAGAAAAAUCUGUUAAAGUUAUUAGGGAUCCCAUCUUAGGGAAUCCCUCCCAGAAAAGGAGGACUGCCCAUGAACAUUUGUGUUCUGCAAACGUUACAAUGAAUCCUCAGAAAUUUAAGUUUGAUCGUCCUACUCUUCCAGCCAAUGUAAAGAAGCCAACUCCUCGUAAACCAGAAUCACCAUAUAGCAGUGUCUUUGAAGUCCCAGAUUCCCCUCGCCCAGUUAAAACAUCAGGGGAAGAGAAUGGAGGCUUAUUCAGCCCUAUUAGGUCAUCGGCAUUCAGUCCGCUAGGGGGCUGUGGUUCUUCUGAAUGUUUAUGUCGUAUCAGUCUUGGUGGAGAUGAGACAAGUCAAAACCACCAUGAUGCACUUUAUAACACUUAUUCAGAAUAUGCUGAUAGUGUUUCAUUUGAAAUAUUGGGUUCUGUUUUUCAAUCUGACUCUUCAUCAGAACUUGGAGGAAAUGACUCCAAAUGCAAAAGGAUUGCUUUGAAAGAAGAAAAAGAUCAAGCUGCAGAUCUCAGAAAGAAAACUGGCAAGGAGCCAGAUAAACAAGCAAAAUCUCAACAUAAGUCAUCAAUGAUUAGAGAUAGCAUUCAAAAAUUUGCAACUGACUUGGUUGAAAAAAGUUUGGGCAGUGCUUUUAAGGACCUGCAAAAAGGUGUUUCUUCAUGUACCAAUGCACUUUGUCAUUUGGCUGCUAGGUUGACAUCUUCAGUCUUUCAAAUGGCUUUCUAUGAAAUUGGAAGACGUAGAGCAAUCUCCCUGAAGCAGCGUGCUAUUAAUGGGCUAGCAAGCUUUUUGGUGAGUGAAGCUAUAACUGGUGCUUUGAAAGAACUGCGACAAGUAAAGAAACAAAUAUUUACCAAUACUGUUGCUAGAUUUGCGGCAGACCUUGCUGAAGAACUUGUGUUUGAAGGAAUCAUGGAAGUAUGCCAGUUUUCCUAUCCAUCGACACCUACAGCAGCACAGCUUUCUUCAUUUUAUUACGAAGACAAAGUGGUAAGAUCCUAUGCCAGAGAUCUGUCUGAGUCUGUCAUUCAAGAGGCUUUUAUUGAACUAUCUCAGGUUGAUGUCACCUUCACAACACAAGCAGCCAUUAGUGUUUCUAUGGACAAUGUUAAAUACGUGAGUGCAGAAAGUAUGCUAGAAUCAACACAGACUUCCACAGUUUUUCCUAAUUUUAAUGAUAGGGUAGGGCAGAAUCCAAUCCAAGAUUGCAAGAAGGAAUAUACAGUACAUCAAGCUCUAUUUUGUACCUCUGGUGUUGUAAGUUCAAUACCUGUUCCUUUAGCUGGAAGAGCUCUUUGUCAAUAUCAGGCUUCCUCUGAUGCUUGUAAAACAAAAGUAUGCGCUGCUCCAAAUUCUGAUGACAGUAUGAAAGUAUACAAAGACUGCAGUCAUACAUUUUUCACAAGCAGAAAAGGAGAGGAGGAAGUCUCUUCUUUCAGAAACAUAUACCUAACUUCAGAUCACAGUCAAAGUGCUGAAAAUGAUCCAUCACUCUUACAUAACCAGAAUGAUCCCAAACAAACAAUUAACAGAUCUGGAAUGAGGAGUAACUCAGAAUUAACAAAUGGGUCAAAAAACAUUAAUAGUUUCUCCGGAACUAUGGUAGACAUGAUAGUAAAUGAAGCUUAUGAAGCCAUAUCCUCAUCUAGAAUAACAAAAGCUGUGGAAGAGUAUACAGAGCUUUUAACAAGAAAAGUAGUAGAUAGGAAACCUUAUGUGCAAUAUAGCGGUGAAGAUUUCCCCAAGAAUGUGUUUGCGGAUCACCUGGCCAAGUAUAUCCUAAAACAAUCUGUGGAUGAAAGUAAAACUGUGUUACGCAACACUAGUGAAAAUUUAUUAUGUAAUGUAGGCUCACAGACUCAUGCAGCUAUCAGUGGAAGAGAGCAAUGUGUAAUAAAGAAGCAAGAGGCUGAGAAGCAAAGUAAUGUUUCUGUAAUUGUUGAACAACAGAUGCCUUUGAAUAAUCCAUGUAAAUUGCUUGCUCCAACUAAUUCCGUUCAGUGUUUUUCAGAAUCUAGAGAUUGUUGGCAGGAACAAAAAGGAUACAGAUUUUCUUCAAAAUCACCACCACCUUGCUCCACUGGGACUUUAGCUAGGCGUGUUUUAGAGAACACGACUGACACAGGAAGCUGCUCAAUGACAUACUUAAACAAGCCCUCAAAAAAACAUGAUAGUCAAAAAGCAUCAUCAGGACCUUUGACUUACAGGCAAGCUGAUUGUUUUCUGCACGCAAAUAGCUUUUCUUCAGCAAUGUCUGGCAGUGAAGAUGCUUUGCAGAUGGUUGAUAAAUCAAGUAUAAAAGAUGGAAAUAACAGUGUAACACCUGACACACCCCCACCAACUCCUUUAGUACCCUGUCAAGCUAGUUCUGAAAGAAACCUAAGAAAACUGUCUAAGAAACUCAAGGGAGAAUUAGCAAAGGAAUUUGCUCCUGCAACACCACCGUCCACACCUUACAAUCCAUCUGUUACAGGCUCAUCUGAAAUUGAACAUGACUCUUUGGAUAAUGAGGAAUUUAUGCUGAAGCUCAUGCGAUCACUUUCUGAAGAAGUUCAAAGUAGUGAGGAUGAAGAUCAUUCUGAAAUGAUCGUUGAGAAGGAGGAACAUUCAGAAAAAACUGUUCAGUAUGCAGAUUACUUAUCUAGUCAUAUCAUUUCAAUAGCAACUGAAAUGGCGGCUUCCCAUUUAGAUGCUAAAACAAACGAAAGAGAAGCUGAUAGACAGGUUUGGUUGAGUACACACAACCAAAAUUGUGGGUAUGCUGCAUCUGUAAGUACCCCAGAAGAGACAUGCAGUUCUUUAUGGAAUUAUGCAGGUGACGUGGCAGGAAAAGUCAUCAAUGAAGCCAAAAAAAUGAUGAAAUCGAGGCAUUGUAAACUGUUGAAGUUGAAACGUGUUAACUGCCAAGUGGAUUGCCUUUAUCUGAGAAAAGGUGAUAAAGAUCAUAGUUCAAAGGAGGAAUGUGGCCCAGUGCAGGACCAGUGUCCUAGUGAGAGAGAUUCGUCUGUACUUUCUUUACCACAAGGUUCAGGCUCAAUGGGUUUGACUUCCAAGUACCCUAGCUGUGAAAGUGUGACUGAUGAAUAUGCAGAUCAUAUUAUUCAUGUUUUGAAAAGAGAAGGUGGUAACGCCGAACUGUUAAUGGAUCAGUAUGCCAGCAGGCUUGCUUACAGGUCUAUCAAAUCAGGCCUACGGCAAGCUGCUAGGAAAACUAAAUUGAGAUGCAGCAGAAAGAUAUUUCCUGGGCAAAGCUCACCGAUGAAUGGUAAACUAGAACUGAUAAAAACAGUGAAUAAAGAUGCAGUACAGCAAGUUAAAAGCAGCGUUCAUCACUGUGCAGACCAAACUCAUGAAAGAAGUAUCAGCACACAGAGAACAGAAUGCAUGGAAUUGUUGCACUUUUCAGAAUCCCUUGCUUGCAGCAUAACACGUGAUGUCAGAAAGAAAUUGAGACUAUCGGGAGCAUGUUUGCCAAAAUCUCUGACAGAUUCUUGUCUAUAUAAAAAGACCGAAUUUGAGGAAAUUGCAGGGGAUCUUAUUAAAACAAGAUUUCCUAGGACACUUCUACCUUUCUCCCCAAAUCAUAAACUGUAUCAUAGCACGGGAAGUUUGAAUGAAAAUGGUUACAGUGAAAGCAUAAUUCAAGCUAUAGAACAGUAUGCUAGAAAAGUAGCAGAUGAUACCCUAGAAAUGGGUUUGGAAUCUGCUGGUCUCCAGGUUGCUGAAAACAGAAAAAAUGGGGAUAGGCUUUCGUAUACUGAGAAACUGUCUCCUUUUUCUGGAACUGUCUGUAGAUGCUGCAGUAUGAAGGAACAUCAGUACUGUACAGAAAGUGUAUCUCAUCACUUACCUCUGCAAGACUCCUCUAUUCCAGUGAGGCAUUUUCUUCAUUCUAGGUUGGACAGUGUCUGCCAAAAACCAAGAAUCUUUCAGCUUGAUAUUCCUAAAAUUCAUGUUGAUGUAGAGCAGAAGACAAUGUUGUCUGACAAAGUGGUUGCUGCGCCUGUCGAAAAAGCAGAGGGAGAGCUGAGUUAUGCAAGUGUGGCAGCUGACAGUGGUAUUGGACAAGAUGGAGUCAGUUUUGCUGAAAGCCUUACUACUGAAAUAAUGACAUCAGCUAUGACUAAUAUCAGUCAGGCAGUUAAUAUAAGCACUGUUGGAAGAGAAGGAUUUCACUCUGUUGAAUCUGUUGUUAGCCAGCAGAUGAGCCUUAGUAUUGGUGAUGAUAGCACUGGCAGCUGGUCAAAUCUAAGUUUUGAAGAUGAACAUCCUGAUGAGAGCAGCAGUUUUCUUCAUCUCAGUGACAGUUCAGCUGUGUUCUCUUCUUCUCCUGGCAGUAAUGGUAACAGCAGUAGCUGGAGCAGUCUUGGUUUAGAAGGGGAUAUGUAUGAGGAGAAUUUAUCCUUUCCAACAUCAGACAGUGAUGGAACAGAAGAUAAAGAUGAGGACUGCAAAGAUGCUGUAGAAGGUUUGGAGCGUGUAAAAAAGACUUUAGCCAUAUUGAAUAUUGACCUGGAACCAAAUCUAGUGGACCCCCAGCUCAGAGCAGCACUCCAGUGGCUAGCAGCUUCUGAAACAGAGGUGUCUGGUCUGUACUUCCAUGACACUGCUGCAAGGGAAUUCGUCUUACUUUCCAGAAGACUGCGAGAAAGAGAUUGGAAAGUGGGAGAUCUCUUACAAGCAGUGUUGAAGUACUGUGAAAUGCUAGAGAAGGCAUCCGAUGGAGAACAAGCCCUUAACAAGUCUUUGGUUGGGUGGCUUCUGGAUGAUGUCUGAAGAAGUCCAAAGAUGCAACACUCUUCACUUCAUUCCUCUUUCAAAAGGAGAUAGGAAGAACGUAGAUAUAUAAUGUAAAAUUCAAUUAAUGAAUGUUCAAGUAAUUGUCAGCAUUUAAAAGACUGAGGUGAAAGUCAAAGUAUCUGUGCUGUGCUUUGUGAUGCUGUGCACAUGGUAUGUUUAUUCAGUCCAUAAUCAACGUUGUCCACCCAUGCAUAACUUGUAUUUACUACUGUGUUCAGACUGUUGAGAUAGUUAUGAACAAGUACCUUGUCUGUGAUGGUAGUUCAGAGGAGACAGUCUCAGGCAGGAUAGUGAGGAUUCCCACUGCACCAGGAUUGCUCUUUCCCAUUUGUGCCUGUUCUGUAUUCAUGGUGGGACUAUGAACACUUAUGUUUUGGAAAAACCUGUUCUCAUAGUCUGCAACAGGAUUUUCCAGAAGAGUUAUCAGUCUUAGCCAGGUGUUAUGUGCACAAGGGUAGAAAUAUCAGGAGGAAAAUGGACUUGCCCAGGCAGACCCUUAGUGAAGCCUGCCUUCAUAGCUACCUUUCUCAAUUUGAAUUUUCGAAGAUCUGAGAAUCUGCUUUGAGGUGCAAAUACUUGUUCCCUUUUGUUGAUUAUAGAGCUGGUAAGUUCUGGUAGAAGGACAGACUGGGCAGCUGAGCAUAACUACUUAAAAACUUAAGCAAAAUUUCCUGAAGUUUGCCAGUCAAGUUUAAAUUGCUAAAUUUCUUACUGAAAUUUCGUGUAUCAAAAUACUUGUUUAACAUUGAUUUUAUGUCUGAAGAAUUUGUAUGAUAGUCUUUGUUAUGGUUUAAUUCCAGCAGCAGGUCAGCACCACACAGCUACUUGCUCAGUGCCCCUCACAGUGUGAUGACAAAGAGAAUUGGAAAGGUGGAAGUGUGAGAACUCGUGGCUUGAGAUAAAAACAGCUGCAGCAAAAGCUGUACUUGCAAGCAAAGCAAAAUGAGGACUCCCUCAUAUGUAAUGGGUGCUUGGGAAGGCAACCACCGUGACUCCAAUUGCCACCCUCCCUGCCACUCCAUCUUUUAUUGCAUAACACCACAUGGUGUGGAAUAUCUCUUUGGUUAAUCUGUGUCAGCUGUCCUGGCUAUGUCCCUGAUCGGCAUCUUGUGCCCCUCAGCUCCUCACUGUCAGGUCAUCCUGAGAAGCUGAAAUGGCCACGGCUCUGUUAGAACUGCUCUGCAGCAACUAAAAUAUCAAUGUGUUAUCAAUGUUAUUUUCAUCUAAGUCCAAAACAUAGCACCAUACAAACCUCUGUGAAGAAAAUUAAUUCAAACCAAAGCUGGGAGAGUCUCACAUACAAAGUAGCAAAUGGAAUCUUUUUUCUCUGAGAAUUGUGGCCAUCUUUUUGACCAGUCUAAUUCUUUACUUCUUACCUUCCAUACAUGAGUUUUCUUUUCAGUAAUAAAGAGAAUUUUGUUACUUGCUGAGCACUUAAGUGUUAGCAAGGAAAGCUAAUUAAAAUAUAAAGGAGAAAUUUAUUGCAAAUUGAUUUUUCAUCUUUCUUAACUACCUUUGCUGAAUAUUUUUAAAGGCACUUUUAAUCAAGUCUUUUUAGCAAUCUAAUCAUGUUUCUUACCAGUACUGCUGACUUGCCUUUCUGUCUGAAGGAAAGUCUGGAUCUUUACGUAUCCUGUUGUUUGAGAAUGCUUUUGGGGUUUGCUUUUUUGUUUUUAUGCAUUCUUUUUUAGAAAAAGGCACUUGCUAGUAAUUGCAAGGCUGCCACCUCAAGAUUCGUAUCGCUUGAAAGCGAAUCGUGGUGUUUCACUUAGUUUGGGUGAACAGAAGAAUCUUAGUGGCUUCGUCAUGGAAAAAUACACUGUUGGUAUGUUAUGCAUUUCAGGGUGUGAUCCCAGAUGAAAAGAAAUAGAUGUCUUUAAAUCUUUUCACGAGUUAUAGUGCAAUAUGUACAAUUCUGAUUCCUUGUGUCCUAAAUUACUAUAAAGUGUCACACUGGUAAGAGCACUUUCUUGCAAUGUCUUUGUGUGUCAGGAAGGCAUUCCACUAAUCAGUGUAGGUCUUUUUACAGAGACCUGGUUGAUUUUAGUUUUCAUUUAUAAUCUGGUUUUCAAAAGGGACCCUGUCUUGGAUCUCAAAGUUUACCUUUCAAACUGAGUUAGGUUUAUAUAUGCAAAUGUGUGUUCACACAUGUGCAUGCACACACAAGUAGGUAUGUUGAUGUAUCUAUAUUAUGUAUUAGAUGUCACCUAUAUGAAUUUACAACAUAAAUUUUUAUUGCUAACUUAAAUUGUGUUAUUCUCAUAGUUUAUUACCUCACGUAACGUAUCAUUUCGCUGAUUGAAAGAUCUGUAUAUGCCGUAUGACAAAGACCAAAAAAACACUACAGGCUCUUUUGCUCCUUUGUAGGUAAUACAGUGCUAAGUUACAGGAAUCAGCUUUCUCUAGAGCACAAAGAGGGAGAAAAAGCUAUUAUAAUUUCUUUAUGUGGAAGAUGGGUCUAGUAAUGAAUAAAUGUGAAGGGACAUACAAAUUUUUCUUUCUGUAUUUGUUUUCUCCCUCUCCCCCCCAUUUUCCUUUUUUUUUUUUUUUUUUCCUCCAGUCUUUGGGAAUGUUGACUUUCAGCUUCAUUCCAGACAAAAAUUUUGAACCGUUCUCUGGCCGUAACAUCUUCCUUUCAACAAAGCAGUAAUGAACUUGAAUAAAUUUAACUGCGAAAUCAAGAUGUCAAGAAAAUAAAACACAAAAACCAAUGCCUGAGAACUAACUUUUGCUCUGGCUUUUGGUAUUCCCAUUGAAGUGAAUUUUCAGAAGAUGAGGAUACAGUAAUGCUAGUACAGUGUUUCAGCACAUGUAAAACCAUGCUGAAAAUGAUACAACAUUGAAGAUGUUGUACAUGUGCAGACCUGUGGGUAGACUUCAACACACAAAACAGGAAAAAAAAAAUCCAGGAAAACAGGAAACUCAUCUAUCUGGUAUGUUGGAUUUUAUAAAAUCGAUGAUUUUUUAAAAUUUUUUUAAAUUAAAAAUUAAAAGUUUGUGCAACUCCCAAAGCUUUCAGCUAUUCAAGAAGUGAAGUGAACUGUAGUUGUGCUAUAAACGAAGUCUUUCUUUCAAAGUGGAUCAGAUACAUUGCAUUACUCCAUUGACUGAUGUUAAGGAUGAUGUUGAUUUAUUAAUCUGCAAGGAGAGGAACAAUUUCCAAAUUAACGCAAGGAAAGAAGUUACAAAAUACUUCAUUUUUACUUAAAAAAAGUAAAACCACAGUUUUCUACACAAAUUGUUUUGAACCUGUGUUCUGGAUGCUCGGUUCUUACUGAAAUUGGAAUCAAACCAGCCUUACAAAAUUAUUAUUAUUUAACCAUUUUAGUAGCUGUUGCAGAAUUCUUCCUUUGAUUAUAUCUAACUGGUGCUGUCUGUUACAUUAGUGACAUAGCUGUUCUUUUCUGCAGCGAGUCUUAUAUAAUGCUACUACUGAGUUUGUUUAAAACUCCUGACCACAAAUACGGAAGUGUAAGUGAAAGCUGUAACAAUAUGGAGGACUGCAUUUUGGUCCGUUUAAAGCAGACAAAUGUGCUUAUAAACAUGCAGUGAAAUACAGUUUGUUUCAUCUUGCACAUUUUUCUGCAUGGAAAACUCGACUUGGUAAUGUGAUUUUAAAUUGAAGAAAAUAUAUACCAUGAUGUCACCAUUCCAGAAAGCACCCUCUCUUAAACACUGCAUAAAUACAUUUGGUGUUCUGAACAAUAGAAGUGUUUUGAUGUUCUGUAAGAUACUGUAGGAAAAAAAAAAAAGUGCUUUGAAAACAGUCCCUCUAUAAAUUACCAAUUAGAAGUGGCUGUAUUUAAAACAAAUGUAAACAUUUAGAGCAGGGUACAUAAAUAAUACAUAAGCACGCAUAACAACCAAACCCGUAUGCUAAAAUUAAAGAAGAUCUACUGUUUCAAAAUGAGGAUGUGAAAAAUGAGUCAGUGCCACGUACUUGAAUGCGAUUUGCAUAGUAUUUUUCUUCUCAAGUUUAAAAUGACUGUGUAAACUUUUUUUUUUUAAGAAAAAAAACCAAAAACAUGAACCUAACAACCCACAUUCCGAGACUGAUUAGGUCUCCCCAACAUGGUACCAGAUUUUAAACGUAACGUUUUCUAAUGUUGCUUUAUCUAGGACCUUUUCUAUUAAGAGUCACAUCCUGUUGGAGAUGGGAACACAGUAGAUACUAAACACAGUCACCAGCGAAAAAAAAAUAGCUUUGCAGAGGUGAUUUGCAAAGAAAAAGACAAGAUUUGGGACUGAUUUUAGCGUAAGAAUUAGUUUCAACAAGAGCCACUACUGUCAUGCAUUUGACUGUCAAAUACUUUAGCUCUGAAGAGACAAGUACAGAGCCCAGCCACUGUAGUCACUUUAUUUUAUACCAUCUUUGUACAUUCCUGUUGUAUAGCUGGAGUUGUAGCUUUAGAGGGUCUUUUGUUCCGUUGUAAUGUCUGAAUAGUAUUUAAUACUAAAAUUUAUUAUAAUUUGCUGGAACUGCUGCUUAUUUGUGCAGUGUUAAGAUAAUUCACAGCCCAGUUAGUGAUGCAGUUGUAUACCAAAAGCAGUUUGAAUAACUAUAGAUGUUUAUGUAACUGUACUCAAUGAAUAUGAAGGUCUCGUAUAAUGGUGAUGAGUUUUGCCAUUUUAAUAAUUUAACUAUAUUCAGUUUUCAGAUGAUAAACUCCAGGUUGCACUAAAUUUGUCCUUGUUUUAGCAGUGGCUUAAAAUAAAACACAUUUCACUGGC